AUGAUAAAAGCUUUACUCAAUGGAGCAGAAUUACACGAGGAUCCUGCACCUGGUGGAGUCCUUUCGACGGUAAGCUCUGAAUCCUCAGAAAAUGCCACCUCUCCUCUAGCAGAAGUGCUGCCCUCUGCCGGUUGCUGCUUUGCUGCUGGGCUCCCACACUUCGCUGAGGGUAUGUGGCGCAAUUGGGGCCGGGAUACAUUCAUUGCGGCGCGUGGUUGCCUCCUCUUGGUCGGACGCUUCGAAGAUACAGCUGACCUAAUUCUCAGUUAUGCUAGCCUUCUUCGACAUGGGUUGAUUCCAAAUCUGGCAGGCGAUGGACAUGAAGUGGCACCGCGAUACAAUUGUCGUGAUGCCGUCUGGUUUUGGUUGUACUCAAUUAUCUGUUAUGAGGAGGCGGCCGCGGCCCAACGCCAGGCUGCAGCUGUCAGCAUGUCUCCUCGCUCUACAGAAAAGUCCAUCAACGCCUCCACACCUGCUCCUGCAGAGCCGAAUACGACUUCUUCAAAGACUGCUUUCGCAGGUGUCCAAAAAUGA